AUCCUGGCUGGAUUUGGAGAUUUUUAACAGCAACUCCAUCUUGCAGCUCAGUCACCUUUUCUCUUCCAUAAAGGAGACUCGUUUCUGUUCGGCCUGUGCGUCGCAGUGAUAAACACGGAUGUAAGGUGGGGACUGACGGGCUUGUUGCUGCGCAGCUCUCAGGUCAGCUGGUCGCAGCUCAGCCACCACAGCGUGAUGUGAGCCAGUCUGCGUGUUGGCAGCGGCACUAAAGCAGCAGAGCAGGUACAGCACAGCACCAGAUGCAGCCUGACGCGCGCUCGGAGCGCAGGAAUGAAUGGACCAGCUGCAUGGUUUGUCUGGAAGUGUCUGAAGAAGCCAAGCUGCGAUAUUGUUGGAUAUUACUGAAAGCACUUUAAUCAGCGACUGGUUGAAGCCCGAUUUCCCAACACUUCCCUGCCUUCGGAAAAAAAGGCCUCUAUAUGAUGAAGUUUAAGCCCAACCAGACCAGGACGUACGACGUCGAAGGGUUCAAGAGGAGAGCGGCGUGUCUGUGUUUCAAAAACGAAACAGAGGACGAGGUGCUGUUGGUGAGCAGCAGUCGCCAUCCAGACCAGUGGAUCGUGCCAGGAGGGGGAAUGGAGCCUGAUGAGGAGCCCUGUGGAGCUGCUGUCAGGGAGGUGUAUGAAGAGGCUGGUGUAAAGGGAAAGCUCGGCAGACUGCUUGGGAUAUUCGAGCACAAUCAAGACAGAAAGCACAGGACUUAUGUCUACACCCUCGUGGUGACGGAGAUGCUGGAAGACUGGGAAGACUCUGUGAACAUUGGAAGGAAGAGGAAGUGGUUCAAGGUCGAUGAAGCCAUAAGGGUGCUGCAGAGCCACAAGCCUGUCCAUGCAGAGUACCUACACAGACUUAAGGGCACCUGUAAUCCCACCUGCACUCCCAUGUGUGGCCCAGCUAACGGCAAUGGCCUGAGCUCCCACAUGACAGAUGAUGACGCACCCCACUAUGUUGUUUGCUCCACACACUGCUCAGACCUAGUCAGCAGAUAGGAGCCAUAAUGGCAGAGAGCAGGUCUUCUGAGAGGAAAUGAAUUUUCAGCUGAACUUCUUGAGACUGAUUUGAAGUGACACUGAAAAAGUUUUUCAAAUGUAUUUAAGACUUUUUUUAAUGUACCGGUAGUAUUUUUUUUUUAAAAAUUCCUGUAAAGCAUUUCCUUUUCAACUUUAGGCAGACUGCAGUGCACUGAUUAUGCAAUAUAAAGGCCUGUUUAGUCUUAGAUGUUGUAUAUUUGACUGGCGGCACACACUGUGUGCUGGUGAUUUCCUGGAGGCGGUAUGGGGAAGUGUUGGCUCCUGGAGGAAGCCUUAUUCCCACAGUGACUCAGUGCCAAACAAUGUGCAAGAUGUUUGAAAAAGAGUAGCUGCAAGUCUAUGGAUGGACUUUACAAACUGCUACCUUGGGAAGUUUGUAAGGAAUUCUGCUAAAAGAGAUGAGGUAAAGUCUGCAGCAAGCGUGGACAGCAUUGUUAUUACUUCCUCAGCGCACACAGUAUCAUCUCUAAGCACUAGUGACACUGAACAAGCCUUAAAUCAUGUGUGUAUAUAUUUGAAUGCUGUCAAUGUGAGUGAAAACUGAGUAAAUUAGAGAAAAACUUCUAUAUAGUGAACUGAAUCAAACAUGAAAUGGCACAUAUCCUCAGAAAAACUAUAAUCUAGUGCAUUAUAGCAAAUGUUUUAUAUAGUGUAUCUGCAGAGAUGCCUUAGAAGAGUCUGACAAAUGCUGCACAAAGUCUCCCAUUAAGUGCCUUCA